CUCGGGCAGAGUCUUUGUUCUUAGCAAACAUUCUUCCUUUCAAUUGAGAAACCAGGAUUUGCACAAAGAAGUCUCACAACUCUUAGGAUGUGUCUGUCCGAGGCCAACCAAUGGGACUGCGGCGAGUGGUCCCGCCCGCGACUACUAAACUACUCCAGGAGCCCAGUCCACCCUCCUCUGGCACUCCAGCUCGAGAUGGCUGCGACCCUGAUCCUGGAGCCCGCGGGCCGCAGCUGCUGGGACGAGCCGCUGAGCAUCGCCGUGCGCGGCCUGGCCCCGGAGCAGUCCGUCACGCUGCGCUCUGCCCUGCGCGACGAGAAGGGCGCACUCUUCCGAGCCCACGCGCGCUACCGCGCUGACGCCCACGGCGAGCUCGACCUGGCGCGCGCGCCCGCGCUGGGCGGCAGCUUCGCGGGAAUCGAGCCCAUGGGGCUGCUCUGGGCCAUGGAGCCAGAACGGCCUUUCUGGCGCCUGGUCAAGCGCGACGUGCAGACGCCCUUCGUGGUGGAGCUGGAGGUGCUGGACGGACACGAGCCCGACAGCGGACGGCUGCUGGCGCGGGCGGUGCACGAGCGUCACUUCAUGGCUGCCGGUGUGCGGCGCGUGCCUGUGCGCGAGGGCCGGGUGCGCGCCACGCUCUUCCUGCCCCCAGAACCUGGGCCCUUUCCUGGAAUCAUAGACCUUUUUGGAGUUGGAGGUGGCCUUCUGGAGUAUCGGGCGAGUCUGCUGGCUGGGAAGGGCUUUGCUGUCAUGGCUCUGGCUUAUUAUAACUACGAUGACCUCCCAAAGGACAUGGAAACUAUGCGCAUAGAGUACUUUGAAGAAGCCCUGAACUACCUGCGCAGCCAUCCCGAGGUAAAAGGACCUGGGAUUGGGCUGCUUGGGAUUUCCAAAGGAGGCGAACUUGGCCUUGCUAUGGCCUCCUUCCUGAAGGGCAUCACGGCUGCCGUGAUCAUCAAUGGCUCCGUGGCUGCUGUUGGGAACACCAUCUACUACAAGGAUGAGACUAUACCCCCCGUGACUAUCCUGAGAAAUCAGGUCAAAGUGACCAAAGAUGGCCUCAAGGAUGUUGUAGAUGCUUUGCAAAGCCCUCUGGUAGAACAGAAGAGCUUCAUCCCCGUGGAAAGGUCUGACACGACCUUCCUGUUCCUCGUUGGUCAGGAUGACCACAACUGGAAGAGCGAGUUCUAUGCCAAUGAGAUCUCCAAACGCCUGCAGGCCCAUGGGAAGGAGAAGCCCCAGAUCAUCUGCUACCCAGAAGCAGGGCACUAUAUUGAGCCCCCUUACUUCCCACUGUGCAGCGCUGGCAUGCACCUCCUGGUGGGUGCUAAUAUCACCUUUGGAGGGGAGCCCAAGCCUCACUCCAUGGCCCAGGUGGAUGCGUGGCAACAGCUCCAGACUUUCUUCCACAAACAGUUGGAUAGUAAGAGUUAGGGGUGUCCCUAAAAUAUAACCUGUUAUAUCAUGGUCUGUGGGGGGGGGAGGUACAAACACUUUGUAAGAAUAUCAGUUCGGAUGACUUCAUUUGAACAUAUAACUGCUUUAGGUUUACAUUUUUUAAAAAUUAAUUUUAGUAUCAAAAUAGUGUUGAUUCAAGGGCUGGGAAUGUAGUUCUGUUGUAGAGUCCUUGACUCUCAUGCAGGUUCCUGGGUUCAAUCCAGCAUGCUGUAAGAAAAAAGCAUGUUCAAUGGAAACUGUAGCUAUCCAAGAAAUAUGCCUGGAAUAAAAAGGAACCAUGAGUACACA